AUGAGUUAUAAAGUAGUGAGUGGGUGUUUUAGCCGUAGUGUCGUUAUUGCAAAACCACAGCAAUUUUUACGAAAUGGCAGCUGUGUUUGUAAUUAUUCAAAGUCAGUUCAAGAUGCUAAGCCUUUUAAAUCAAUACCGGGACUGUCUUCGUUACCGUAUAUUGGAAUUCUCCACCACUUCUUACCAGUCAUAGGACAAUAUGGGCCUAAUGGCAAUUUAUUUAAUAUAAUUGGUGAUUUGCAUAAACAGUUUGGUCCUAUAGUAAGAUUAAAUGGUGUGUUUGGCAGAGCCGACACGGUUAUGUUGUUUGACCCAGUGGAUAUAGACCAAGUAUACAGAUCACAAGAAUCAAAUCCGUUAAGACCUGGUUUUGAAACUCUAGAAUAUUACAGAGAACAUGUGAGAAAGGAUAAAUUUGAGGGCUUUCAGGGUCUAGCUACAAGUCAUGGAGCACAAUGGCGCGAUUUACGUACUAAGGUCAACCCAGCCUUCCUUAAAAUCAAACUGGUUCAACUCUACACCCCACCACUUGAUGAAAUAGUUCAAGAUUUUGUAGACAGGUUAAAGCGACUGAAAGAAGACGAAACAUAUUUGAGAGACAACUUAGAUGUUGAAGUUGAAAAGUGGGCUUUAGAAUGUUUGGGACUGGUGGGAUUGGGUGCACGUUUGGGAUGUCUUAACGACAAAUUGACGCCUGAAGUACAACAAUUGAUAGAUUGCGCUAAAUAUAUCAUUCAAAAGACUUUUCAAUUAGAUUUUCUUCCAAAAACUUGGAGAUAUAUUGCUACACCUACCUUUAAGAAGCUUAUGAAAGUAUAUGAAAAACAAUGGGAGUUAAGUGAAAUGUAUAUCAAACAGGCCACAAAACGGAUAAAUGAGAGAGAACACGAUAUUCCAGACGGAGAGAAAAGUAUAAUUGAAAAACUAUUGGCUAUAGACGAAAGAGUUGCUAUAGUGAUGGCUAAUGAAAUGCUAAUGGCUGGAAUAGACACGGUGAGUUUUACGUUAGUGGGUGUACUUUAUAAUUUGGCAAGUAAUCCAGAGAAACAAGAGACGUUACGUCAAGAAUUACGUUCGGAUGAUAAUCAGAAACGCUAUCUAAAAGCUUGCUUAAAAGAAACUUUAAGAAUCCGGUCCGUGUUGCCAUCUAACUUAAGGAGGACUGAUAAGGAUCAUGUUGUGCGCGGCUAUCAUAUUCCUCCAGGAGUUGACGUUGUGGUACCGAGUGAAUAUUUAUCAAACCUUGAAGAGUUUUACCCGCAGCCGAACAAGUUUAUACCGGAAAGAUGGUUGGCAGAUAAAACAGAUCCAUUGUUUUACGGAAACGCACACCCGAUGGUCACAUUACCAUUCGGUUUUGGCAUCAGGAGUUGUAUUGGCAGAAGACUUGCUGAACUGGAGGUUGAGUUAAUGGUCAAGAAGCUGAUCGAGCAAUUUAAAGUAACAUGGGAAGGACCACCAAUUAAAAGCGGCAAUAAAUUUAUAAAUUACUAUGAAAAACCAUAUAAUUUCAGAUUUGAAGCUAAUGUAUAG